AUGGCAAUCAUGGAACAGCCAGCACUGGUUAUAUUUGGCCCUCAAAUUUCUUGGCCCAGCAAUUCAAGUGCAGAGCGCAUCCGGCGUGAUCUCGUCCAGGAUCCUUCUCUCGCACCAUUUGCGGAUGCUAUUAGAAAGAUUCCUGAGCUCUGGGCUUCACUGGUCGAAAUUGAACCACGACUUCGAGAAACACAGGGAAGACGGAACUUGGAACAGCUUCGGGACUGGGUCGAGAUAGGAUCCCUACCUAGGAGAGACAGUCCGGACGAAAUACUACCAAAUGGGUUUGCAACUCCGUUCACGGUCAUUGCCCAGUCCAUUGAAUACUGGCGAUGCUUCCCACGUGGCGGCUUGCAGUGGCUUCACUCAAGAUCAGAAGCUGGUCCUGCCCUGGAGGGGAUGUGUACUGGGUUUUUAACAGCAAUCGCGGCAGCAACCUCGAAAGAUUCGACAGAGUUUUUUGCCAUGGCGGCAAUCGCUGUUCGUUUGGCAGCCUGCAUCGGCACCUUCGUCGACCUAAACGGAAACACUUCGGAUGGCACAGGAGAAGCAAGAGCAUUGGUGGUCAGAUGGAGUUCGCCCAUCCAGGAGUCGUGUCUUCUGAGAAUACUGGAAGAACAGCCGAAUGCUUAUGUUUCGGUGCUGAAGGACGAGACAAGCCGCACUAUCACGGUCCCGGCAUCCGAAAUUCCAAGUACCGCGGAAAAACUUUUGAUGAACGGGUUGCGGGUACAUGCGCUGGAGCUAAAAGGGAGGUUUCACCACGCAAGCAAUGAAGAUAUUGCAAAUAAGCUCCUUCAUAUGUGCCAAUUGAACGCCGAUCUGCGUUUUCCUGAUGCCCAAGGCCUUCUGACACCCCUUCGACGGAAUUCUGACGGUAGACGUCUUUCUAAAGGUCCGCUACAUAUCAUUGCCAUCAGAUCCCUACUAUUGGACCAGGUGGACUGGCUCUCCACAAUGACCUCUGCUUUGGAGUCAGCUGUCAUUAAGGACAAACCCCCAAAAAUGUUGGUAUUUGGGUCGGUCAACGUGGUUCCGCAUUGCUUGAUUCAGAGAAGUGGAGCUCGUGUCUGCGUCUCUAAUGACAUGAUUCAACCUCUUUCUAACAUCACGACUACCGUCAAAGACUUCGUUCCCGAGCCCGAUAUGACCGAACCUGGGGUUAAGUCUCUUCCUGACGCUCCAGGGUGUGACAAUCAUGACAACUCGAUCGCCAUAGUCGGCAUGGCUUGUCGAUUUCCGGGUGCAGACUCGGCGGAGGAGUUCUGGGAAUUGCUCGAGUGUGGAAAAUCAAUGCUUUCCGUCUUGCCAGAAAGCAGGUUUCCAACCAAAGGUCUACGAAGAUCUGCAGACGAUACCGUCUUUUGGGGGAACUUCAUUCAAGACCCCGACCAAUUUGACAAUCGUUUCUUCCAAAUAUCGAGCCGGGAGGCAGCUUCCAUGGAUCCACAGCAGCGUUUGAUUCUACAGGUCGCUUACCAAGCUUUGGAGUCAUCUGGCUACUUUGAUGGCCAACGGAAACCUACCCAUACCAACAUUGGAUGCUAUCUUGGAGUGGGGUCGGUUGAUUACGAAGCCAACAUCUACUCCCAUCAGCCCAAUUCAUAUUCUGCUUUAGGGUCAUUGAAAGCCUUCGUCAGUGGGAGAGUCUCUCACUAUUUUGGUUGGACCGGUCCGUCGAUUACAUACGACACAGCAUGUUCAUCAUCGGUCGUAGCUUUGCACUCUGCCUGUAAGGCGCUUCUCAGCGGCGAAUGCACAAGUGCCCUGUCCGGCGGUGUUAAUGUGAUAACGAAUCCAGCUCUGUAUCAAAAUCUCCGUGCUGCGUCUUUCCUCAGUCCAACUGGUGCGACUAAAGCAUUUGAUGCAGCUGCUGAUGGCUAUAGUCGGGGAGAGGGAUGCGGUCUUUUUGUUCUCAAAAGACUAGAAAACGCAUUGGCUGACGGAGACCAAGUACUUGGGGUCAUCGCUGCCUCCGCCGUCAACCAAACACAGCGAGAGUACGGAACGUCAAUAACAGCGCCGGUGUCCAAGUCUCAGCAAUCCCUCUACCGGCAUGUUCUCAGCCAGGCCGGCCUAGAGCCAUCGGAUGUGACGUACAUCGAGGCCCAUGGAACGGGUACCCCAAGGGGAGACCCGAUUGAAUGCGAAAGUAUUCGAACUGUCUUUGGGAGUACUAAUACAGGACGCCAGCAAACGCUCUAUUUCGGAUCUGUGAAAGGAAACAUUGGACACCUGGAGGCAGGCUCAGGUGCUGCGGCACUUUUCAAGUCAGUCCUUAUGCUUCAGAAGAAAAAGAUUCCAAAACACAUGAACUUCAACAAAUUGAAUCCCCAGAUACCUCCAUUGGAACCGGAGAAGUUGGCCAUUCCCACAGAGACUAUUUCGUGGGAUGCCCCGUUCCGCGCCAUUUGCAUCAGCAAUUAUGGCGCAGCUGGAAGUAAUGGUGCACUCGUUCUGCGCGAGGCUCCCGAGCCCCUGAAAUCGACCUGCUCAAGAUCCACUGGAAAUGGCCCUUUGCGAUGUCAACUGAUAUCCAUCGCUGCUGAUUCAGCUGAGAGCCUUCAGGCUUACUGCAAUCAGCUAUUGCGGUACCUUGCUGAUGUAAAUGAGAGGCAUUUUCCGGAUGUCGCCUACAAGCUGGCCCGCAUUCAAAAUCCAGCACACAAAUAUCGUCUGUCAUUUGUCACACGCUCCAUCAGUGAGCUGCGGUCUUUCCUUUCCGCACAAAGUCAUGUGACACCGACUCCUUCAUUCUCUGGAACGGUCAAGCCCGUUGUUCUUUGCUUUGGUGGCCAAUCCAAGUCCAGUGUUGGUAUCAACAAGCAGCUAUACGACUCGAUUUCGCUAUUCCGCCACCAUCUCGAUCGUGUUGAAGCUGCCUGCCAAGCGUUGGGGAAAACAAUCUACCCGUUUAUAUUUUCGAAAGAAGUCAUUCAAGACUCUGUUACCCUUCAUUGUUGCUUAUUUGCCUCGCAGUAUGCCUGUGCCAGAUCUUGGAUUGAUGCGGGAAUCAAGGUUGCGACAGUCAUUGGCCACAGCUUUGGGCAGAUUAGCGCUCUUUGUGUCUGCGGUGUGCUUUCCUUGGAAGAUGCAGUGAAAUAUGUCAUUGAGCGAGCGUUGCUGUUCGACAUUAAUUGGAGUGCAGAAAAAGGUACCAUGCUUGCUCUGAAGGGCGAUACUCAGAUUGUAACACGACUGGUAUCCACAAGUCAAGUCGAGAUAGCCUGCUACAAUGGUCCAAGCGAUGUCGUGGUUGCAGGAUCUAUACAAGCUAUUGAGGGCUUUCAAUCCCGAGCCAAGGCUGCCGGGAUCGACGUCCGAUGCCUGGAUGUAGCUCGUGCAUUUCAUUCAAGUUUGAUGGAUCCAGCUUUGCCGCAGCUUCGAAGAAUCGCGAACGCACUUACAUUCUAUCAGCCAUAUAUUCCAAUUCAGACUUGCACUCAAGGUCACGGCCGGGACUCCUUUGACCCAGAAUUUCUGGUCGAUCAUUCGCGCCAACCGGUGUUCUUUCAUGAUGCCGUUCAACGAAUAGAAUCCCAGCUUGGACCGUGUACCUGGAUUGAGGCAGGUUCAUCUUCCUUCGGUACCACAUUGGCGUCGAGAAUUGCGAGUCAACUAAACUCAUUUAUCCCUGUGGAUAUUGGCGGCCCCAGCCCUGCAGAGUCUUUGGCAAAUGCAACACUAAAGCUACAAGCUCUUGGCUACAAUGUGCAGUUCUGGGCAUAUCACCGCAGCCAACGAGAUGCCUUUAGGGUCUUCAACGUUCCUCCAUACCAGUUCGCCAAAUCGAAACAUUGGCUAGAAUUCAAAGAGUUUAACAGCCUUGCAAAGGAGUCAAGUCAUACUGAUGACAACGAUCAACAUUCCAAAUUGCUUCUGUUCGUCCAGUCGAGAGAUAGGGAGAAAGGAAUUGCUGAGUUCAAAGUCAACGCGAAUUCCGACUAUUUCCGGGCUUGUGUCAGCGGUCAUGCAGUUCUCGGCCAUUCCCUUUGUCCCGCAUCAUUGUAUCUCGAGCUCGCUGCCCAGGCCGCGGUAUAUAUAUGCGAAAACGAAUCCCCCGUACUGCCACAGGUGGAAGACCUCCAGAUAAGUGCUCCUCUAGGGCUGAAUCCAUUCGCAACCAUCAAGCUUCUUCUUUCCCUGAAGGAGCCCAAAGUAUGGAGAUUUUCGCUCUUGAGUACUACUGGAGCUGAGGAUAUCCAUCACGCGUCCGGGACUAUUCAGGUCCCUGCCAAUGCAGACUUUUUGGUAUCGGAAUCGAGCCUGUAUGAGCGCUUAAUUGGAGCAGAUCGUUGCAACUCAAUCCUUCAGGACGCAUCCAUAAAAUCAAUCAAUGGACUCGUGUACAAUGUGUUUGGCGCGGUUGUGGACUAUAAAGACUUCUAUCAGGGCGUCCAACGCAUCUCUGCUACCAAAUCUGAAGCAUCCGGAGUUGUAUCCCUUCCAGUGGCCGCUGCCGGAAUCAUGCAAGAUUCUGUAUGCGACCCUCUAGCGCUUGACAAUUUUCUUCAAGUUUCUGGAAUUCACAUCAACUGCUUUCGUGAUCUUGGAAGACAAGAAGUUUAUGUCUGUACGUCAAUUGGGAAGCUGAAAGUGUACCAGUCUCUAGAGAAGGUGCGGGAUCAAUCUUGGCUUGUUUAUUCCAAUACUAAGCAGGGUGGACCUGGGGUAUUGGAAAGUGAUAUCUUCGCAUUCAAUAAGACCACCGGAUCUCUCAUGGUGGCUCUUUUUGGCGUUCGAUUUGCCAAGGUGUCUGUAAACUCUCUGACCAAAACUUUGUCCGCCCUCAAUCACGGAAAGCCCGUUCAACGAUUGAAGGAUUCCACGCCGCCAUCGACUCCUUUGAGCAAUCUAGGUCUAGGCACAUCACCAAAACCAGUGCUUGACGGAAAUAUUCUGCUUCGUUUACAGCGUCUUCUAAGCAGAGUGACAGAUCGUCCCGUGGAAGAUAUUCUUCAGGUCAACUCUUUGGAAGCAUUGGGAAUUGACUCUUUGAUGAGAUCAGAAGUCACAGCCGAAAUUCGACAGGAAUUUGGCCUCGACAUAUCGACCGACACGUUAGCCAAGGCUUCAACCCUAUUCGAUUUGACCACAUUGAUAUCAUCGUCACAAAAGUGGCCUGUUCAAAUUGUUAAUACACCCUCAUCGUCCGAAAGCCACACAACUCUCUCGAUGCGUGACUCAACCUCUUCCACUCUUAAAGAUAUCCUUUCGGCCAUUACCGAUAUUCCUGUGGAUGAGAUUGGCAAUGACAGCACUCUUGAAGCACUUGGAAUAGAUUCUCUUAUGAGAAAAGAGGUCCAAUCUGAGCUCCGAAAGAAUCUGGGCCGUGCGGAUAUUCCAGAAAAUCUUCAUGAAUACUCUGUCACAUCACUUGCCGCAUAUCUCGCCGACCAGGAUUGUGGUAAAAGGGAUGACCUUUCGUGCGGUACGCCGCCGGGCAGGGUUUCUCUUGGAAGGCAUUGCGAUAUUAAAGCGCUGGGUUCUCAUACGCAAUUGAUGGCCCCAGAAAUGAUAUCAGGAUUGGAAGAGAGGCAGGAACUCGUGAAAAGAAAUGAUAGAAGCCAGCUAUUUCAGCUAUCGGGUCCACCGAAACCUCUUUGUUCCAGCACUGUUGGGGGAUUCACACUAAAGGACCUUGCUGCCUCAUUCGAAGAAAUCAAAGGAGCUUUCGAUCAACUUUCGGAUGAAUCUCAGUUUCUCAAUUUCUACGCUCAGGUCCAUCCCCGUCAGAUGGAACUUGCCACGGCCUACGUCGUCGAAGCUUUCAGAAGUCUGGGCUGUCCCCUUUCUUCGAUGUCUCCAGGGGAGAGCUUGUCGCUAUCGCCCGUUUCCUAUGAGCCACGACAUGGAAACCUCAUGAAGCAGCUAUACAAACUGUUACAAGACGCAGGGCUCAUUUCACUCGACAACUUGGGAGAGUACAAGCGAACAUCUAAGCGCGUGGACUGCACUUCCUCCGCCGAUCUCCUCGACGCGAUCAUACAAGACUUUCCCCAACACCAAUUAGAGCACCGUCUCCUGAGUAUCACUGGCUCCAGGCUUGCGUCCUGUCUGUCUGGCGAGCUAGAUGCUCUCGAUUUGAUAUUUGGGGAUCGGGCAGCCAAGGACUUGGUUAGCGAUGUAUAUCUCAAAGCCCCUGUGUUUGUGACAGGAACGAAGCUUCUCUGCAAAUUCCUGCUAUCAUGCCUUAGACAAAGAACUCAGCCCAUCAGGAUUCUAGAAAUCGGAGCCGGCACUGGAGGAACUACCGCUGAUGUGGUUCGCUGUCUUACCAGCAGCAAUAUUCCAUUCGAGUACUGCUUCACCGAUCUUUCCCCAUCCCUAGUCGCAGCAGCCAGGAAAAAGUUCAAAUGGUGUCCCAACAUGGAGUUCAAUGUCCUGGAUAUCGAACAAGAACCUCCAUCUGCAAAUCAGUACGAUCUGGUUAUAUCCACGAAUUGUAUUCAUGCGACGAGGAAUCUCACUGCGACAACCAAAAAUAUCCACAAACUGCUCAAAGAAGGAGGCAUCCUCUGUCUUGUGGAACUCACACGGAAUUUACCGUGGUUUGAUUUAGUUUUUGGACUACUUGAAGGAUGGUGGCUAUUCAAUGAUGGUCGUCAACAUGCGCUUGCGCAUGAGCUUUUCUGGAAAGAUAGUUUGAGACAAGCAGGCUUUUCAUAUAUCAAUUGGACUACCGGCGACACGAAGGAGUCAGAGCAGCUCCGCUUGAUAAUAAGCGUGAAGAUGGAUCAUCAAGACGACCUUUCCAAGUGGGAAACUGGUAGCGAGAAGUGCACAGGGGACAAAUUUGAAAUAGUCACUUCACGUCAACCAUUGUCAGUAUAUUCAACACCUGAUCUACUUAAGGAACCUGGGCUUAGUGGGUCAGUUGUGCUUCUAACUGGCGGCACAGGUAAUCUUGGCACCCACGUCCUCCACCAGCUGAUUAAUCGAGCAGACGUCCGCCGGGUGAUAUGCUUGAAUCGAUUGACAACAAAUGAUGAUCCAAUUCAACGGCAACGACGUGCUCUCAGAGAUAAAGGUAUUGAUCUUAACGAACGACAGUGGGAAAAAAUUGAAGUUCUCGAAGCAAAAUCAAGCCACACGGCCCUCGGUUUGCAAACCGAACAAUACCAGCGAUUACGAGACCAAGUCACCCAUAUUGUCCACAACGCGUGGCCAAUGAGCUUCAAGCGGUCCCUGCACACAUUUGAACCUCAAUUCAAAACACUGCAAAACCUGUUGAAGCUCUGCCACGAAGCCAAGUACGGUGCAAGACUCUUAUUCAUCUCCUCGAUAGGCGUAGUUGGCCGCCACCCCAAUACAUUUGCGAAUAAGCCAGUUCCGGAGGAUCCGGUGAGGGACUGUCAAAGUUCACUCGGAUUCGGAUACAGCCAGGCGAAAUAUCACUGCGAGCAGAUAAUAAAUCGGGCGCUGGAGCAAGAUACCCGCCUCGAAGCUUCCUACGUCCGAAUUGGACAGAUAACGGGUUCUCAACAAUUCGGUUUGUGGAAUACAGAGGAGCACGUUCCGGCUUUACUGAGAACAUCGCAAACAAUAGGCGCUCUGCCCCACCUUGAUGGACUUGCCUCCUGGCUCCCAAUCGAUAUUGCCGCUGCCACCGUCAGUGAGCUCCUAUUGGAUACGGCUCAUCUUCGGAUGGUGUAUCAUGUCGAAAACCCUGUUCGUCAGCCGUGGUGUGAGCUGCUUGGUUAUCUCUCUGCGCAUUUGGGGCUGCCUAUCAUUCCGUAUAAGGAAUGGCUGAGUCGAAUGGAGACCAAUGGAGACACCGUGACAGGGUCACCUAAUCCGGCGAAGAACUUAAGGGAUUUCUUCAAAAAUGAUUUUCUUCAUAUGUCCUGUGGGUCAGUUGUGAUGAGUACGACCAGUACAACGUCUGUCUCUGCGGCUCUACGAUCAGCCGGUCCCGUGAGUCCAGGAACUCUGUUAUUGUAUAUUGAGCAGUGGAGGAGGACUGGCUUUCUGGGGUGA